AUGGCAGCGGCAGUCCACAAACUGCUGCACCCGCAUCGCAGCAGAGACCAGGCCAGAGAGGAGGAACAUGAGCGCCAGAAUUCGGCCAUGGAUCGCGCCCGCGUCGAGGAGAAACACACGCUUGCGCAGUGGGGUGAGAAGAAGGCGCCGCUGGAGCCAGGCCAAAUUGACAAAGAUCCCGACCAGAAGAUGGUGGGACACUCAAGCCAUGUGUUGCGGAAAAAGGACUUUGAGCUGAUUAAGACCCUGGGGACUGGUACAUUUGCAAGAGUGUGGUUAGUACGGCUGAACGACGCGCAGAAAGGCGACGAGAAUCAAGUCUUCGCUUUAAAGAUUCUGCGCAAGGCGGACGUGAUCCGUCUAAAGCAGGUUGAACAUGUUAGAAACGAGAGGAAUGUCCUCGCCGCGGUUGCAGGCCACCCCUUCAUAACCACAAUGGUCGCCAGCUUUCAGGACCACGACUCGCUAUACAUGCUUCUCGACUACUGCCCCGGCGGCGAAGUCUUUAGCUACCUCCGAAGAGCCCGACGCUUCAACGAGCCCACGUCCCAAUUCUACGCCGCCGAAAUAGUCCUCAUAUUAGAGUUUCUGCACGAACGAGAAGGCGUUGCAUACCGCGAUCUAAAGCCCGAGAACAUUCUGAUCGAUGCGGAAGGACAUCUUAAGCUGGUGGAUUUUGGAUUUGCGAAGAAAGUGGAGAAUAGGGAGACGUACACGUUGUGCGGCACGCCCGAGUAUCUGGCACCCGAAGUCAUCAGGAACACCGGCCACGGCACCGCGGUUGAUUGGUGGGCCUUCGGCAUCUUGGUCUACGAGUUUCUCGUUGGCCAGCCACCCUUCUGGGACCAAAACCCCAUGAAGAUCUACGAACAGAUCGUCGAAGGACGCCUCCGCUUCCCUUCCGCCAUGUCCUCCGAAGCCCGCGACUUGAUCUCGGGCCUCUGCACCGUCGACACCUCAAAGCGCCUCGGUAACAUAUCAGGCGGCGCCAGCACUGUCAAGUCGCACGCCUGGUUCAAGGACAUCGACUGGGACGCGUUAUACCACCGCAAGAUUCAGGGCCCUAUAGUGCCCCAUUUACGCGGGCCAGCUGAUACGCGAAACUUCGACGAGUACGAGCCGGAGAGUAUACAUCGGGAAGGGUAUACGAAAGAGAUGCAGGAGAAGUACGAAGACUCGUUCAAGGAUUUCUAA